AAGUCGCUUAGCAUAUUAUUAUUUUGCCUUCUUUAAAUUUCGUAAUUUCGUCUUCCGUAGCUCCGUAUUAAUUUGUAUUCCAAUUCCAAUAUUCAUCCUUUAUAAUUAAUUCGGUCAAUUAUUGAACGUUUGGUCGUAAACGACGUAAACACGAACGUAUUUUACCGUCAACGCGUUACAAUUGAUCAUUUCAGUAUUGUUAUUUAAUACUUACACAAAAACGUUUGAAUUCAAGUAAAUUAUUGUAUUCGAAUUUAAUUUGGUCUAAAAGUGUGGUGUAUGUGUUAUCGUUGUUGGUGAUAAUAUGUAAUGUUCUUAGCCAUGCUUCGAUAAUCAGACCAAAAAAGUAAAAACAAUACACCACUAAAUAUGCAUCGAUUUCAAAAAGAUUUUAGUUCUAUUAUUUUGGAUGAAAUAGCACUUGAAGGUUUAGAUGGAAUUACUAUCGAAGCUUUGUGCAAGAGAUUAUCAAACAAUUGUAAUUGGCCCUUAAAACCGGUUGAUGAUUCAAUCAAAAAGAUUAUUUGGUCGUUUGUAAUUUGUCUGAAGAACAUAGAAUUUUAUAGACUUGAUAAACCUAGGGAACCUUUGAUAAUAUUUAAUCGAUUUGAAUAUAUUAAUAGUGAAUUUGGUUCAAUUUAUGAGCCGGAAAAUAUACCACAAGACAUUUAUCCAAAUUGUCCUGUUGAAGAUGGUACAAUUAUGGGAUCUUGUAAAGAAUAUUUUACAAGGUUCAAUCUGGCAUCAUACCCAAGGAAAAUAUCAGUCGAAGAAGCGGAAAAACGAUGGGGCAGAUGUUUAGUUAUAGUCGCCAACCAGGAAGUACGCACAAAAGCUUUAAUUCCAGAAGAUAAACAGUGUACCUUAAUCAUAUCACAUCGUUAUUAUUUAAUAUUAGAGAGAAUUGGCCGUUCACGUUAUUUAGGAGAAGCAUCCUUCGGUGCUCAUUCAUUAAGAGCUAUCUUUCCAGAUCCUAAAGCAUUAUCUUAUAUGAGAAACCGAUUAACUGAUGAUGGUUUGAUAAAAAAUCAGUCACUUGCUUUUUCUGGACAAGUGGCUAAUCGUAUUGUCAUUUCAAGUUUGAAUCGAUUUUUUGUUAAACGAGAAUCUAUGAUUGAUGUAAUGGUAUCAAGAAUUCGAGAUUAUUUGAAAUCACAACCAAAUUCAUUAGCUUCAUAUGAUCAAGUGAAAGCUGAAUGCAAUAUUAGUUUAUCAAAAACAUUUAAGCAACCUCAGAUUAAAAAAAUAUGUGAUACCAACUUACUGCUCAAGUAUCGUGAUUUAUAUCCAAAUGCUACUGAAAAUGAAUAUUUAUGUAAGAAGGAACGUAAAAAUGAAAAGAUUGUAAGGUGUAUAAAAUUAAAAAAUAGUGAAGAUACAGAAAAUCCCGACAAAGAACAAGAAAAAAAAACUGCUGUCGAAGGUCGUGAGUUUAAACAAGAUUGUACAUUUGAACGUCAGAUUCUUAGAUGGAUUGAAAAACAUGGUGAUUUAGGCGUAACACUUUCUGACAUAUCUCGUGCUUUCAGAUUUACUACUGAUGGUAAUUUAGAAGGAGUUUUAAAAAAGCUUACUAAUUUGAAUUAUUUAACUAAGAGUUAUUGUGAUCGAGGUAGAACAAAAGUUUUUAGUUAUAUUGCUAAUAGUUAUAAAUCAGUAUAUGGAAUUGAUAAUAUUGAAAUAGAAAAUAUGCUUGUUACAAAAAACCAAGAACCAAAAUCAGAAAUCAAUGUGAUAAAUGAUUUUUUGAACAAUACUUCUGUAGAUAACACGAAAAAUAUAUCUAUUAAAACAGCACUUGAACAAACUUCAAUAAAAAUUGAGAAUUGUGAUGAGUCAAGUCAGAAUUUAUAUAAUUGUAAUAAUCUAGACACAGACAAUGAUGUUACUUCAAACAAUACUUUAAUUAACAUUUCGGAUCAAGAUGUAAAUACUGAUCAAAGUAACAUAGACCAAGCAAUUACAAGAAUAAUGGAACAUGGGUAUUGCAAAACAGUGUAUGAAAGGUCCAAUCAAACCGUCAGUUUGACUGAUAGGUUUUUUUUUCGAGAACAAAUUAUAUUCAAUAUGUUGUCUACAGAAAGUAUAAUAAGCUUGCUUAACCUAAAAAAAAAUAUUAUAGAAACUGAAAAAGAAAAACCAAAGUUUAUUGGAACCCUUGAUAUUAAAACAUUAGUUAAAAUUAUUGGUCAUUUAGAAAAGUUGGGAAAACUUAAAACGGUUCAAUAUCGAAUUACUUAUGAUACAAAAACUGUGAAUCAAUCAUUUGUGGCAACUCCUGAUGUUGAUUUUACAAACCCAGAAGUAAUUUCAUAUGUGAAUAGUUUUUUGAAUAGAUUUAACAACACAAUGAAAGCAUCUAGAGCCAACAAAAAAUGGAACUUAAUAGUAUACAAAUCGCCAGAGCCAAAAAUUAAUAUAUCAGAGCUUAAACUUCCAAGGUUUAUGAAAAUGAGAUCAUUACACGAGUAUCUGUAUUAUUUAGUAUAUGAUCAUCCAGGAGAAAGUUUAUUAAAUACUUGUAAUGAGACCGAGGCAACUGUCACAAGUUAUCGAAAUGAUAUAAUCCAUGGAGAAAAGGCUGAACUACCAAAAGUUUACUUUCCCUCUGUUGGUUGGAAAAUGUUUGUGCCACCCUUACCAAAAUAUCCAAAAUAUCCUAAUGGUUGGUUUUUUGUGAGUGACAUUAUCCAUCACAUGCCAUUAGAUCUGAUGUUAAAAAUUGUAAAUUUUAACAAAUCUAAGGUAAAUCCAGAAAAACUUGUCACAUAUGCAACACAUCCUGUGUUCAAAUACUUACCCCUGAUGACACUUUCGUCUGAAGUACGUAGCAUGUUAUCUCAAGGAUUAAAAAAACACAUACAACAUACUCUAAAUGCAUUACGCUUACUUUGCACAAUUGGGUUAGUACAGUUUGGUCAGAAAACAUACAAAGAUACUGAAUUGGUCUAUGCAUACUUAAAUAGACGAGCCAGUUUGUUGAAUACUGUGAAAAGUAGCCCUGGCUAUUACAGAAUAUCUGAUAUAGAUUAUGAAAAACGUACUUAUGAAUUUUUCAGCAAUUAUGAAUUAGAAACAUUUUGGUUGGAUACUUGGUACUUUUGUACAAAUACACCAUUAGGUUAUAGGAUUUCAAAUGCAACAAAUAAACCUAAACGAAGAGAGAUUGCUGAGAGAAGUAAAAUAGCCAUAGAUUUAGCAUGUUUUCCUAGAAAUCCAUUAGAAGCUAUGUCCCAAGAUGAUGGGACGAUACCUGGUGAUAGCAAAGGAGCUGCUGGAUUCGACAGUCAUUUAUUUGCGCACCUUUCUCGCAAUUGGAGCUUAAAAAAAAAAUCAUCUGCAAUGUCAGCUUCUAGAAGAAAAACCAAACUUAAUCUUAUAUUAAUGCAGAGAUUAAAAAAACAUAAAGCUAAAGAAAAGAAAAAAGCUCAAAUGACUAAAAAUCAGUUAUAUACAAUGAGAUUUAAGUGGACAGCAGUUGAGGAUCAAGUACUUUUAUUUUGGAAAUUGGGUGCAAUGCUCAUAAAACAGGUUAAAUCACAUGCGUUUCUGUCUUAUGGUAUUAAAGAAAUGUUCAGAUCAAUAUUUGGAAAAUAUUAUCGUUGUAAAAGUAUCGACAACUAUUUGAGGCGAAUACGGUAUUUAAUGCGACAUUCUUCUAUAGAAACUAAAGUAAAUAUUUUGUACAAGGAGUUGAAGGCUGAUGAAGAAAUACAAGAAUUAUUUAAAAGAGACAUUGAGAAACAACUUGAAUUGCACAACACAAAAAAAUACAAGGCAAUGAGAGAUCUUAUUGUUUCAAAUAUUAAACAGUUUAUAGUGUUGUUGCGUGAACGUGGUACGACUAUAGACACUUCAUGCGUAAUAAAUAAAAGUAGGAAGUCAGCUAUCAUACAAUCAGUAGAGGUGAUACAAGAAUCAGAUAUCUGUGAUACAACAACUAGUCAAUUUACACCAGAUGUUCUGGAGAUGGAAUUCAAUUAUUCCGAGCCGAUUUGCAACCAACUGGACUUUGUGCAAGAAAUUGAUUAUAUAUUCACUGUAAAUGAAAUCACCACAUCGAUUGUCACUUUGCUCAUACACAGCUCGUUGAGUAACAAGAGUACCAACCCGAGGAUCUCAUUAAGUUACUUACAGGCAUUUAAACAGUACCCGGAUGACGUUUUGAGACAGUCGUUUAACGGCCUCAAGGACCCUGGUAUAAUAACAUGCAGCCAAUACCACAAGGAGUCGUUACAGAUUUUACUAUCCACUUCACACAUUAUCCAGUCAAAGACUUAUGAUUACGGUCCAAAGUUUUUUACAACAUUAAUCGGCAACAAAGAUGUGGGACGUUAUAGAGGUGCGUAUUUUGCAUAUGCAAAUAUCAAAGAGGAUCUAUCUGAACGCAAGAUUCUGCUACUGAACCCUUCGUGUGGCCUGUGCACAGCACUUACCAGUCUGUCAUUGUCAAGUAUUGUAGAUAUUUCAAUUGAGUUUGAUAAAAAGUACUUAGAAUAUAUGCCUGAUGAGAAUUUUGAUGAAGCAUCUAAAUGCUUGAAAAACACUCUAAAACGUAUGAGAAGUCGUCAUUUUGAUCUACUAUCGACUAGUAACGAUUCGGUUGAAUACAUCAAAAUAAUAACUUCAGUCACAAAACAGCUAAAAAAUUAUCAGGUUAUUUGUAAACUAAAACAAUCUAUACAAAAUGUAGAAGAGGAAAUUGAUUUCGUUGCACAACAUAUUUUCCGUCGACCAACAUUCAAUCCACAACUUAAAUAUCUCACAACCGGACUGAGUGAUUUGUGCACGCAGAUUCUCAAGUUUUGUCAUACCAAAGGACAAUGUGGUGCUUCGCAACGAGAAAUCAAAAAAAACUUUGAAGAUUUGUCUUUGUUUGCUCUUACAUCGUCUGUGAGAUAUCUGACCGAUAAAGAUCUGUUAUUGAGGGCUGGCAUCGAAGUACCAGUGUAUGUGCAUCACAAAUAUACAGAUUUGUGGCUGGUAAAAAUACCAAGUGAAAAUUGGUCCAGUGCUGUUGACACAAUAAUCAUGGAAGAUGAAAAUUUAUUACAUAUAGAUUCGGAUUCUGAUGAUACAGACUCAAUACUCCCGCCAACCAAAAGAAUGCGUGAAGAACAUCCAACAGAAACAUUUAGAACAAACAAUGAAACCUUCGAUCGCAUAAUAAUCCGCCCCUGGACCAGAUUGAAUUUAACUAUUAACAAAGAACUUAUGGAGAAAUAUUUGAACUCUGUUCUGUCCAAAAUAAUUGGCAAACCCGGCAUUUACCUGAAAACCCUGAAAAAAGAUUAUUGCACCAUCUUACAGCCAAUGGUUGUUAGGGAACUUGUAGAAGUAUGUAUACUGUAUAGUAUGCUUGAUGCUAUGAAGUGUAUAAAAAUGAUUCUCAUAAAGAAUAUAUGCAGACCUUCAUUUUUUUCCAAUCCAUCACCGUUGAAUCAUAACUUGGUGUUUUCUGAUGUAAAGGGAUUGGAAGAUGACUCAUUAAUAAUGCUUGAACCAACUCUCGAUUGCGAAAUCAGAUUUGGCUAUUUUUCAGAGAAAUAUGGUGAUAAUGUUAAGUAAAUUAAUAUUAUGUAUUUCAAUUGUUUUUUAUUAUUUUAACAUUAUUUCUUAAUAAAAUCCAAAAAAAUCAUACAUAGUAUUUUUUUAAUUUUUUUUGUUAACUACUUUUAUAUUAUUUACAAUUUUUUAGUAAUUAUACGAGAUUAGUAAAAGACA